AUGGAAUAUCCUCCUCAAUAUCAACAGACCCAUGGGCAACAUCCACAUGCUCCCUCUCACAUCCCUGGUCCUUAUCAAACCGGGCCACCAAACGCUGGUCCUCCUGUUGGGUCGAUGGCCUCGCCCACCAACGCUCAGGCACCCAUCCAACCCCACUCAACCCACCAAUCCUCUCCUAUCGUUCCGUCGCAACCUCAUUAUCAACAAGCACAGAAUGGACCCGGAGCUGUUCACCAACAGAUGAACUUUCCCCAAAGCUACGGUGUCCCCGCGCCCAUGGCCCAGGGCUACGGCAUCUCGCCGACGCAGGCUGCCGCGAUGGCCACUGCAGCUGCGUCUGGGCAGUUCUACCCCCUUCACCAGGACUCCAUGACCGGCCAGAUGCCCCAGGGUUCCCGAGCCUCGCCGCGCAUGGCGAGCAUGCAAAUGAAGCAGGACCGUGACCCCCGAUCGCCACCGCAGAUGCAAAACCAGAUGCCUCCUAUGGGCUCGCAGGUUCAGAUGCCGCCAAACCAGCAACUCUCUCAACGCCGCAUGAGCCAUGUCGGUAGCCCCGUCCAGACUGCACAGCCUGUCAUGAGCCACGUCGGCCGGGCCCCCAUAGCUGCCCCACUUCCCCAGGCUCCCGUACAACAGAACCAGCCCUCACCCGACAUGGUACCUGGCGGCAACCAAGAAGAGUCGCCACUGUAUGUGAAUGCGAAGCAGUUUCACAGGAUUCUGAAGCGCCGCGUAGCGCGACAAAAGCUGGAGGAGCAGCUACGUUUGACGUCGAAGGGUCGCAAGCCUUAUCUGCACGAGUCACGACACAACCACGCCAUGCGAAGACCGCGUGGACCCGGUGGACGUUUCCUGACUGCAGAUGAAGUGGCCGCCAUGGAGAAACGAGAAGAGGUAACGGGUCAGCCUGUUACCUUCGAGGAUCUUAGCAAGCCGUUGCCAACAGAGAAUGGUGGUGGGCAGAAGCGCAAGUCAAGUGAAGUCCAUGGCGAUGGCUCGAAUUCUUCCAAGAAAACGAAGGUCAAUGCCAGCGGCGAUGGAAGCGAGGGGGACUCCGCCGAGCCCUCGGAUGAGGAUGGCUAA